ACAAGAAUGGCUGCAACAUUUGCUGCGCAUCCUCAAUCAGUCUGGUCAUGCUGAGUAUUUUUUUAUAUCCAAAGAAGGAAAAGGAACGUCUAGGUGAUGAGUUGUUCUCCCUGAGGACCUCUAGAUAUAAAGCAUGAAGUGUUUUGGGUUGCUGCCUCUGGAGUGGAUCUGGAGAAGAGAGCUGCUGCGUGAAGAUCUCCAAGAUGUCCAAAGUGAAGCCUGCGCCCCCUCCUGGGUGCACUCUGAACAUCAGCGAUCCUCAGGUCCAGGAGGCUGCCGUCCGAAUCCAAGCCUCGUAUCGUGGCCACAGGUACAACGCUAUCCAGUGUCUGUCGGCAUCAUUGACAUUCCAGUGCCUUUUGAGCAUGAAAGAAUUCUUAUAUUCCUGUGUUUCUCACAUAGGUCGCGUAAAGAGCUGCGGGAGAAGGGCCCUCCCAAGAUCCUGCAGGAUCUCAAAGAUGUGGUUCUUGUUGAGGGCAGCGCUGCAAAGCUGGAGUGCAGAGUGAGCGCCUUUCCAGAUCCUUUCAUCGUCUGGUCCAAGGAUGGCAAAGAGCUGAAGGAUGGUCCCAAGUACCGCUACGUUUUUGAAGACCCGGAUUUUGUGGCACUCGUGGUUAGAGAUGGGGUUCUGGCUGAUCUGGGAAAAUACACAGUUUCCAUAAAAAAUCCAUUUGGACAGACAUACGGAUCUGCCUGUAUUCUAGUGGAAGUCCCUGCUAAGGUUUCUAAAGGCCCAGACAACAAGCAGGCCAAAAGAGGGACAACAGUGGUGCUCAAGGCUGAAAUAAGUGGGGAGCCUCCUCCAGAUGUUGCAUGGCUUAAGGAUGGAGAUGACAUUGAAGAAGAUGACAGGGUAUUCUUUGACAUUGGAGACACCAACACGAUCUUGACCAUCAAAAAUGCAAAGUUGUCUGAUGCUGGCAAGUAUGAGGUGUUUGUGGAGAACCAUCUGGGCACAGACCAGUCCUUUGCUCGCGUGGACAUCCUCUGAUGUAACCUCUCAACUACACUGGUGCUAAUGCAAAAGCCUCUGUUCUCUUAUAGCGCAAUCCGAUGGACAAUAUACUGUAUUGCUGCUGUGUUCCAAGCUGUACAUUCAAUCAUGCCCAUGAUAAAAAAAAAGUAAA